AUGCAAUCCUCUCUAGUUCUUCUAAUUUCAUCCCUAGCCUUUUGCACAGCUGGUUAGUUUUUUCUCUCUAAAGUUUCAAAAUUAAUUAAUUUUUUUGAAAAUUUUAGGUCCACUUGCUGUGAAUUUGAAUGAUCAAGCUGUAAGUUGAAUUAAAUUUUUUUCAAAUAUUCAAUUAUUCAAAAUAUUUUAGGCUGUGGAUUUGGGAUCGUAUGAUCGUGCCAGAUUUGAACUUGUUGAAACUUUCCACCCACUUCAAAUCGCAUCUGCUGUUUCAAGUGAGUUAGGGAUACUGUAGUUUGAUCUACGUCAGGUUUCAAAAUAGAAAUAUUUGGAUUUUGAAGAUUUGAAAUCAAAAUGUUAGUAUUAAAAUCUCAGAGUUUCCAGAAAUUUUUGAAACUUUCGAGCAAAAAAAAAAAUGUAAUGGGACGAUGCGCGAAGAAAAAAAACGUCAAAAAACGUGUUUUGAAACAUAAAAAUACAAUGCACGAAAUGUCGCAAAACGUCGCGAAACUCGAGUUUUUCGACAUUGAAAUGUCGCGAAACAAGCAUGUUUUUUUGUAUCGUAAUGAAACCACAGACACUGGAGAUCGCAUCUUACAAUGUUUUUACUUGUUUAUAACGGUUUUCACCACUAUUUUCUCCGGAAACAUGAGACGUGGCAAAUGCAUUUCACAUAUAAUAUUUUCAUUUGACGAAGAUUCCUUUUCAGAAGUUUUUAUUGCCAAUUUUCGUAAAUUAAUGUCCUUUUUCAACCCCUGAUAUGUUUUUUCUACAAAAACAAUCUAUAUUUUUUCCACAUUUUGAGAAAAAUAAUACUUGUUUCGCGACAUUUCAAUGUCGAAAAACUCGAGUUUCGCGACGUUUUGCGUCAUUUCGUGCAUUGUAUUUUUAUGUUUCGAAACACGUUUUUUGACGUUUUUUUUCUUCGCGCAUCGUCCCAUCAAGAAAGUAUUCACAUCAGAGAAAAAUUUGAACUAAAAAUCUCUGUAAAACCAGAUAAUCCCUAAACUUUAGUGGGAUUCUUUUUUCUAGGAAAUUUUGAAAUCAGGAUGUUGAGGUCAUAAAGAAGUUCGAAAAAAAUUCCAUUUUGAAGAAAAAAGCUCUAAUAAUAAAAAUAAUUAUGCAAUUUCAAAACUUUGUGGCAAAAAAUAUGACAAUCUUUUCAGAUAAAAAUUGUAGUCUUCAGUUUCAGAUAAAAUGUUGAAACUCAAAAUUUCUGGAAGACAAAAGCAAAAGCUCGAGUUUCAAAAUUCACCCAAAAAAUGAAUGACAUCAAUUAACACAAUCAAAAACGUAAAAAAGGAAGAAGCCUAUGCCAAAAAUAAGAAAAAGGAUUAACCAAAGAAAAACACUCUUUACAUCCAAACUGAAAAAGAAGAAAAUACGAAAAGAAAUUCGAUACUUUAGCAAUUAAAAAAGUUGUCAGGUGCAAAAUGAAAAUAAUACUUACUUACCAGUCAACAUAACGUGGAAGAGAGAAAAAAAGUUGGAGAAAAACAUCUCAGAAGGAAUGAUCCCCGAUUUACCCCCUGGAUUUUGAUGAUUAUUUUUUUAAAAGAAGUAUAUUUGGGAGUUAUGAAAUCACAUAGUAGCAUUUUGCAAACUUCGGCCUAUUUCAUGAGUUAUGGGAAGUCCGUGAUUUUUGAGUUAAAAACUGGUCUUGAAACUUCUCGGGGUCGGAACUUUGUUAUUUUUCAUCGAAAAACGUCCACCAAAAAAUCAUUUUGAAGCUAAAAAUGCGAAGAUUUCAAAAUUUUUGGUCCCCGGAAUCAUUCGAUAACGUUAUCAUAUGAUAAUUGUGAAAUUUCAAAAAUUCGAAAUUUUCAAAAAAUCAAAAUAUAAAACAAAUAGUAUUCAGAGGGCUUGGGGAGAGUGGACACCGAUUGCAUCGUGUUCCUCAUCAAAAAUUAGGUCUACGAGGAUGGUCGAAAAUAUCUGUAAUCAGCCUUUUACAAGAAAGAAAAAUUGAUUUUUACGUUUUUUCACUAUUUCAGAUGAGCAUUUUCACUGUUUAUUGACAAAACUAGGAUUCUAUUGUUUGCAUAAUUUUUUAAACAAUGUUUUUUAUUAUCAAAACGUUGAUUUUUAACAAUUCUAUCAUUUUCCGAUCAUUUCCAAUUUUUCUCAAAGUCUCCCAACACCCAAACAAUUAAAUUUACAAAUUAAUUGUUUCAAAAAUCUUUUGUCAAUAGUUAGAUCAUAUUUGAGUUCUGAAACCUGGAUUAGCUUUUUCUACGUCAAAAAUUGAUCCAGAAAAAAUAUAUGAAAAUAUCACUAUCCGAUAAAAUAAAAGCAAAUCGAUAUUGAAAAUAAAGCUCUCUGAUGUUCUUUAUCAAAAAAAAAAUAGAUUUUUUGUUUUAUGUGAAUAACUCAUUUGUAACUCUUUGAAUACGCCGGUUCGAAGUAUUUUAGAAAAUUAUUUCUGGAUCAAUUUUUGACGUAGAAAAAGCUAAUCCAGGUUUCAGAACUCAAAUAUGAUCUAACUAUUGACAAAAAGAUUUUUGAAACAAUUAAUUUGUAAAUUUAAUUGUUUGGGUGUUGGGAGACUUUGAGAAAAAUUGGAAAUGAUCGGAAAAUGAUAGAAUUGUUAAAAAUCAACGUUUUAAUAAUAAAAAACAUUGUUUAAAAAAUUAUGCAAACAAUAGAAUCCUAGUUUUGUCAAUAAACAGUGAAAAUGCUCAUCUGAAAUAGUGAAAAAACGUAAAAAUCAAUUUUUCUUUCUUGUAAAAGGCUGAUUACAGAUAUUUUCGACCAUCCUCGUAGACCUAAUUUUUGAUGAGGAACACGAUGCAAUCGGUGUCCACUCUCCCCCAAGCCCUCUGAAUACUAUUUGUUUUAUAUUUUGAUUUUUUGAAAAUUUCGAAUUUUUGAAAUUUCACAAUUAUCAUAUGAUAACGUUAUCGAAUGAUUCCGGGGACCAAAAAUUUUGAAAUCUUCGCAUUUUUAGCUUCAAAAUGAUUUUUUGGUGGACGUUUUUCGAUGAAAAAUAACAAAGUUCCGACCCCGAAGUUUCAAGACCAGUUUUUAACUCAAAAAUCACGGACUUCCCAUAACUCAUGAAAUAGGCCGAAGUUUGCAAAAUGCUACUAUGUGAUUUCAUAACUCCCAAAUAUACUUCUUUUAAAAAAAUAAUCAUCAAAAUCCAGGGGGGUAAAUCGGGGAUCAUUCCUUCUCAGAAAAAAGUAUAUGUAGUAUUAAUUGUAUGUAAAUAGAUAUUGUAUACCUAACCUAACACAUGAAUGUAUGUACUUGAGAGAUUUUGUGGAUUUUUGAACUUUAAGACGAGGAUAAGGUGAGAAAGAAGGCUACUGUAGAAUACGUGGAUUUUAUGUGCGAAAAUUUUGAUCUCGAAACUUUUAAGACCAAAUUCAAAGGUUUUGAGAAUUUCAGUGUGUUUCUAGCACCAAAAAUUGCGAUCUCAUAUUGAAAAGGUUUUCAUCGAGUACUGUAGAUUACGUCGAUUUUCAUCGUCUAAUCUUGUUAUAAAAUUUUCGAGUCUAAAUUUAAAGUCUUAGUAUUUGCAGUCUGAAAUCAAUCAAAAUCAUUAUUCUUCAAGCUGAAAAAAGUCCAGGUGAAAAUGGGAACUCAACAAAACAUUAUGUUUUUUUCUCAUUUUCUAAAUGAAAGUUUUUAUGAUUUUUUUCUUAGAAAAAAGUUCGGGGGAAAUUUAGAAUUUUAUAAGAAAAAAGAUCAAGAUCUAGCUCAAAAGAAGAUCAAAUUAAAAUCUCAGAUAAUAUUGAGAGCUUUUCAAAAUCUAAAAAAAAAAACUUAGCCUAACCCUAAAUUUUGCAGAUGAUCAAAUCGCCGAAGCAAUUCGCGCCAAAGCCGCCGGCGUUCGCCAACAAACCGAUCAACAAGUCGCAAUCUCAAUCGAAACUCCAACUGAGUUCACAAGCCCAAACAGACCAGAACGUAAGAUUUGCAUUCAAAAUCAGAAAAAACUAUGUACAUAGAAAUAUUCCGAGACCGGAUAUAAUAAUCAAGCAGCUCUUAAAAAUUCAUCGGCGAAGAAAAUUUUAAACAUUUUUUUUUGAUGCGAUUAAAAAAUCUUCGGGGGAGGGACAGAAAAAACAAAAAGAAUGUGCCGAGCAAAAAAAGAUUCAGAGAUGAAUAAUUUAGAAUAAAUUUUCUCGAAUUGACUAUGUUACAAGCAGCGGCAAGUUGCGCUCUUCUUUAUUUCAUAUUCUUUUCUUUUGGAUUUUUUGUGACACACACAAAAAAAGAGACCAGAGGACCAACCGACCCAAAAUUGGAUUUGUUGUGUCAAAAGGAAAAAAUAUAGAUGGAUAUAUAUAUGAGAAUAUACUUAUAAGUAGAUCUUUUUUGCUCAAUGAGCCUUAUGAAUCUGAGGGCAAAAAAAGUUGAGCUAAAAAGUGGAAGCAGAAAAAAAUCUUUUUGUUUGAGUAAAAUGAGAAGAAAAGAAUAUUUGAUGAGGUGACCUUUUGCAUUCGAAAAAAAGUAAUCAUAUGAUUGAAGAAGAGAAAAUAGAGAAGCAGAAGAAGUACUUCUUACAGUAGGUCAAAAAUAUAUCGGUAGAUCAAAAAAUUAUGGAAGAGAACUUUAGAAAUUCUGCAUUGAAAUUAGACAUUAUACUUUAUUUAUAGAAAAAAAUCAGUACUGUAGUUUGUUCAGAUCAGUCAGCUUUAGAAGUACUGUAAACCGACUGGAAAAAUCCAGAAUUACUAUAUCUGAUAGAUCAACAGAUAUUGGGAGUACUGUAGCGCGUUUGAAUUUCAUAAAUUUAAAAAAAAACCCCUAACUCACUUGAUUUUUAUUCUUUUAAAUUUUCGAAUACGAUAGUUUAUGACGUGACAAUAUUUCACAAGUUCUGAAAAUUAGAAAUGAGAAGAUUUUUUGUCACGUGAUUUUUUAAAACUAAAAAUACAUAGGUCACGUUUUUAAGAGUCGGUAACUUUUGAAGACACAACUUAUUUUUUAUUCGAAAAAUAGACAAACUCAAACAAAACUGAAUUUCUCACAGUCCAAAAGUCCAUCUAAACUUUUUCAAAAAAAUUUCAUUAUUUUUCCAUAAGGAAGUUUCCGCGUUCCACUUUCGGCUUAAAUUCGAUUUAUGUCUCUCUCUAUUUCAUAUUUUUGAUAGGUUUGAAAAAAUUUUCGAAUCGAAGCCGGCAGAUGGAACUUUCCCCACUCCUUUAUAAUGGUCCGAGUUCUAGGAACAGAUUCAAAAACUCUCAAAUAAUUUGCUCAUAUGUUUCAGGUCUCGCCUUUGGUGAAUGGACCGAAUGGACAGCUUGGUCAAUUUGCCAAAACGGAGAAAAAUCACGUGUCAGAACUUGUGUUUCACGUAGACCAGCUCUCAAAGUUGUUUGUCACGGAGAAUCAAUCGAAAUCGCAAAAUGUUUUGUGAAUGCGGCUGAAGGACACGUGGCUGUUGCUUCUGAUCCGUGGUCGAUUGAACGAGAAAUCAGCGGAGAUUUCAAAGCAUAA